CUCCCAAGGCCGCCUCACUCGAAUGAUCCGCGGUGACGCAGGGCUAUGGGGAAAACUGUAACUGAAAGGAAGGACGCAGGGGCCACAGUGGUGAAGCAGGAAGGACUUUUGAUGAAUGCACGACCUAGAGGACUCGCGUGUCAAUUCUAAUACAUGUAACCUAGGGUGUUCCUGUGCAACACUGUAAGACAUCAACAUCGUUUUAGGGCGUAACACUUGGAUUAACUCCCAGAGUCUCCAUCAUGAACUACCUUCGCCGCCGACUCUCGGACAGCAAUUUCAUGUCCAACCUGCCCAACGGCUACAUGGGCGACCAACAGCGCGCCGAGCCCCCGCCUCAGCAGCAGCAAACAAGCCCCGCAGUGUCCCCGGGGCCGUCGGAGAGGCGUCAGCCCGUCAGCCAGCAACAGUCUGCGGGCGGAGGCUCCGGCUUCUUCUCGUCCAUAUCCAAUGCUGUCAAGCAAACCACGGCCGCCGCAGCAGCCACCUUAUCCGAGGCGGCCGACCGGGCGGGGGUCUCUAGCAGUGCUAAGAUCCUCUUGGUGAUUGACGACCAGCAGACUGACUGGGUUAGAGUUUUCAGAGGAAAAAAGGUCCAUGGUGGUGAAUUUGACAUCAAAGUUGAACAGGCGGAAUUUUCCGAAACCAACAUGGUGGCUGAUUCGUCAGGCAACUACACAGUCAGCAUUGAUGCAAUUAGGAAUGGCCAUAAGCUUACUAAAUCCUUUAAACCAGACUUUGUACUGAUCAGACAACAUGCCUUCAGCAUGGACAAGAAUGGAGACCACCGAAAUGUAGUAAUUGGUCUUCAGUAUGCAGGACUACCAAGCGUCAACUCUUUACACUCUGUCUACAAUUUUUGUGACAAACCAUGGGUGUUUGCACAGAUGUCGAGGCUACACAAACAGCUUGGUCAAGAGGAGUUUCCACUGAUUGAGCAGGUUUAUUAUCCAAACCACAGGGAAAUGAUAACAUCUUCUCGAUUUCCUGUGGUGAUAAAGAUGGGCCACGCUCACUCAGGAAUGGGAAAGGUGAAAGUGGACAAUCAAUAUGACUUUCAAGAUAUUGCCAGUGUUGUUGCCCUGACCAAGACUUAUGCCACAUCUGAGCCAUUUAUUGAUGCUAAGUAUGAUGUCCGCAUUCAAAAGAUUGGUGAAAAUUACAAGGCCUACAUGAGAACAUCAAUUUCUGGCAAUUGGAAAACCAACACUGGCUCAUCGAUGCUUGAGCAAGUGGCUAUGUCAGACAAGUAUAGAAUGUGGGUGGACACUUGUGCUAACAUCUUUGGAGGUUUGGAUAUCUGCGCUGUGGAGGCUCUUCAUGGUAAAGAUGGAAUGGACUACAUUAUAGAGGUAGAUGACUGCUCAAUGCCACUGAUCGGUGACCAGCAAGAUGAGGAUCGUGUUCAGAUAGCAGAAUUGGUAGUUUCGAAAAUGAACCAAAUGAUUCUACCUGCUUCAAGCUCCUCCACUGGCCGUAUUUCAACUACACAGAAAGCAGUAUCUCCUCAGCCUGUAUCCCAAUCUAGAGUUCCACAGUCUCAACAGCGACCGUCACCUCAGGGUGCUCCUCAGCAAGGUGCUGCUGCACAGGCCCAGCAACCCGCAGCGAACCUGGGUUCAGGUGAUCCUCCAGGUCAGGGAGCUCCUCAGCGAAGUCAAGGAGGCUCCCCUCAAACUCAGAGGCAACAGUCUGCUACCCAGCCGCAACAAAGACCUCCGCCAGGAGGUGCUGGUCAGAAACCUCAGCAACAGAGGCCCUCGCAGCCGCCUAGACAGCAAUCGCAAGGGGGGCAGCAGAGAACCGCUGGCCAGCAGGGCCGCACCGGUGGGACCACCACCCAGCAGCCACGACCUGCUGGCCAAGGCCCGGGGGGACGCCCCCCGGUGCAACAAAAACCCCAGCCCCCACAAAAACCGAGCCAAGAGAACACAGCGGCGAGCAGUUCCCCACAACUGAACAAAUCCCAGUCUCUUACCAAUACCUUCAACAUUCCAGAAACACCAACGCCACGAGCCAGCCUUAGCCAGGAUGAGGUGAAGGCUGAAACCAUACGCAGUCUCCGCAAAUCUUUUGCCAGUCUCUUCUCAGACUGAGGCACUACCGUCAUCAUUACCAUUAUAGUCAUCCCCCGCUACUCCUGAAAGGAUAUUGGCCGGGCACACAGAAGGACUGACUCCAUCUGCUCCCUUUCAGCAGGAUGCGUUUGCCAUGCAUAUAGAAUAUCGAUGUUUUUGAAAUGCGCGUUGCAUAAUCACUGCCAUGAGGAUGUUAUAUUGAAAAAUUAACAAAGCUUAAAAGACACUUUAAAUUAAGGUACUAAAAUCUGCAACAUUCCUUGCCAGGCCACAAUUUUCAAUCACAACAUACACACACGCCUCACUAUAAUAAGCUUCAGUAUGCAUGAGCACACACAAAUAAGAAUGGCAGCAAAAUACUACAUACACGUCUUUAAAUUCAGUCCCAGUUUUUUUUAUUCUGACCAAACAAAAUCAAUUACUCAAAGAUGCAAACAGUCUGGACAAGGUCCAAUGUUGAGUAAUUUUGAUGUUUUAGCUUGAUGUCAGUACAGAGAACUGGUUGCAUUCUUCAAUCCUGCACAUAAAUGUGUUGUCAUGUACAAGUAAUUCAGCUAGUUGAAAUAAGCCUAGCCAAGUUAGCAUUGUAGAACUUGUUUGUGUUGCUCCUGCUUUCUCUCAUUCUUUUUUUUUUUUUAUUUGCACAAAACCAAAUGUUAAAAAAAAAAAAAAAAAAAAAACGCCCAAUCAAAUGGAUCUGUCUCAGGGAUUUCCACUUGAUUGUGACGUGCAUUCUUGUGGGUCUUCCAUUCCAUUUGAAUGUGGUUGUUUAACAUUGAUAAGUGAAACGCACACAUUCAAAUAAGGUAGGAGUGUUUGCAUUUGCACACAGUUUACUGCAGAAUUAUACUUGAAAUCAGUGAAAAUAACUGAUAUAUAAAGGCUAUAUUUUCAGGUUUUAGUCAACUACUGUAUCACUUGACAAAGCAACAACUCUACUUUGCAUGGGGAAAAAACUGAAAAAUGCACAGCAGAAGGUUUUUGCAGGUGCAAUUAGCAAAAUGUUCACAUCCAAUUUCAACACACCACUAUUUUAAAAGUCAUGUAAAGUAGUAAUAUGUGAAUAAGAAAUUGAGAUGAUGCACUUAAUCUUGAAUAAUGGUGGCCUGUAUGUGACCAGAAUAACUCCCCUAAUAAAAUAUACCUAGCCAAGGACUAUCAUUUUGACAGUUUUCCAUCUGUAAAAUAAAACCACACUUUCUUAAUAGUCUUGUCAGCUAGAAGGUGCAGAUUUGUUAUAGUUAAAGCACGUGUGGUAAUAUAGUUGUGUCUCCUCGCCAAUGACAACCCCACCUUUGGUCAGAAAUUCACAUGUACAUUUUGGCUGAGAAGGGAAAAAAAACUCUCUUAAGAUUCAUAUUUCAUGGCACUAAUGUCUUCCACUGGGAAUUAUCCAAACUUGAAUGUGUAUCCAGUAUGGCAAUAUCAAGCUUUUUAGAGAAGACCCAAAGUGUAAAUGAGUCUUGGUUUUUCAGUAGAUUCCCCACGCUGUCCGUGUGUGUUCUAGCGACAGUAACCCCUUGUGCUCUGUGGUACAUAAAUGUAUGAAUGUUCUGUAACUGGUCGAAACAGAUCGUUGUGUUGACUGAUGCAGAGUGUUACCUUUAUUCUGCUGCUCUCUGUGCUUGCUGGUGUUUUGUGCGUCUCGGAAGCUCAUUUUUAAAUUAUUGAAUGAAUUCGUUGUGUAGUUGUGUCUGAAUGCUUUUAUAAGUUUUUUUUUUGUCGUUUGAGAUGCAACUGGUGCUUGUAAGUUAAUGCAUUGGCUUGUGAUUCAAGGCUUCAGAACUUUGCAGUGACUCUCCAGUGUGCAUGUCAGAUUUUUAUUUGGUUUAAGGGGAACAUGAUUUGUCAUUUAGUAUGACAGGUAAAUGUUACACAUAUAGUUAUAUUACUAAAAGUCAUAUGUCAUGGUAAAUCUUGGCACUGACCUGCGACACAGCAUUUAGGGUUAUGAGCCGAUUUGAUUUAUGGUGUAUAUAUUUGACUGUGAAUGUACCUUAUUUGCGAUGGUUAUGCAUUGUUUAAUAAUUGUGGAAAGAUAACAUCCUUGUAAAAUUGGGUGGAACGUGGAAAUGUUGUUUCAUCCAUGCCUGCCCCCCCCACCCCCCCCAAAUAGAUGUAAAUGUAAAUUUAAAAAAAAAUCUAAUGCUGAAAUGCUUACAGAGAUGAAAAUAUAUCAUGUAAAUCAUGGUGGAUUAUAAAAUUAUAUGUAAAUUGAUGUUAUAUGCAAUGUUUGUAUUAUAUGAUGUGCAAAUGAAUGUUACUGAAAUAUGCACAUGCCCAAUAAAGAUGAUGACCAACAAAAUGUAAAGCUUUGACUCUGAUAUAUUGUA